GGUCGGCCCUUUCCAUCUCGUGACGCAUUAGCAUUUGUUUACUAAACCUAUCUUAGGCGUUAUUUGACAUUAUUUUAUACAACAUACAACAUUUUAUUUAUGUCGUUAUCAUUUUGUAGACAAAGUUUACUUUUUUAAGUAAACAUUCGUUACCCAUACCUUAAAGUCCUCGUCAAACUUUAGCUUACGUGUCGGAGUGUUUUUAUCAGACAUGAGAGGAGGAUCGUCUUAUGGAGACAGGGACAGAGACCGUGGACGAGAACGGCCACGGUUUGGGUCCAUGAGUGGUCGUGGUGGACCUCCUCCCAUGAAGUUUGGGAAUCCAGGUGAGCGUCUCCGCAAGAAAAGGUGGAACUUGGAGGAGUUGCCCAAGUUUGAGAAGAACUUUUACGUCGAACAUCCGGAUGUUCAACGCAUGAGCCAGUAUGAGGUGGAAGAGUUUUGCAGAAAGAAGGAAAUCACCAUCAGAGGCUCUGGUUGCCCAAAAGCUGUUACUGCUUUUCAUCAUGCUCAUUUUCCACAGUAUGUGAUGGAUGUGCUGAUUCAGCAGAACUUUAAAGAACCAACAGCCAUUCAGUCUCAGGGAUUUCCAGUGGCGCUGAGCGGCAAAGACAUGGUGGGAAUUGCACAGACCGGCUCAGGAAAGACUCUGGCUUAUCUCCUUCCUGCCAUUGUGCACAUCAAUCAUCAGCCCUAUCUGGAGAGAGGAGACGGUCCCAUUUGUCUGGUUCUGGCUCCAACCAGGGAACUGGCUCAGCAGGUCCAGCAAGUAUCCUAUGAUUAUGGCAAAUCUUCUCGUAUCAAAAGCACUUGUGUCUAUGGUGGAGCACCUAAAGGACCACAGAUUCGAGACCUGGAGAGGGGUGUUGAGAUCUGCAUCGCCACACCAGGUCGCCUCAUUGACUUCUUGGAGGCUGGAAAGACGAACCUGCGCCGCUGCACCUACCUGGUUCUAGACGAAGCUGACCGCAUGCUGGACAUGGGCUUUGAGCCACAAAUUCGCAAAAUUGUUGAACAAAUCAGGCCUGACAGACAGACACUGAUGUGGAGCGCAACAUGGCCAAAAGAGGUGCGACAGCUGGCUGAAGACUUUCUGAGAGACUACAUUCAGAUUAACAUCGGUGCUCUGGAACUCAGUGCCAACCACAACAUUCUGCAGAUAGUGGACGUGUGCAUGGAGAAUGAAAAGGACAACAAACUUAUUCAGUUAAUGGAAGAAAUUAUGGCUGAGAAGGAAAACAAAACCAUCAUCUUUGUGGAGACCAAGAAGCGCUGUGAUGAUCUGACCAGGAGAAUGAGGAGAGAUGGGUGGCCGGCCAUGUGUAUCCAUGGAGACAAGAGUCAGCCAGAAAGAGACUGGGUGCUGACAGAAUUCCGCAGUGGUAAAGCUCCCAUUCUGAUUGCCACUGACGUUGCCUCUCGUGGACUUGAUGUGGAAGACGUCAAAUUCGUCAUCAACUAUGAUUACCCUAACUCCUCAGAGGAUUAUGUCCAUCGUAUCGGACGUACGGCCCGCAGCACCAACAAAGGCACUGCCUACACCUUCUUUACACCAGGAAACCUGAGGCAGGCCAGAGACCUGGUCCGGGUCUUGGAGGAGGCCAGACAGGCCAUCAACCCAAAACUGCUUCAGCUGGUAGACUCUGGCCGUGGCAUUGGUGGAGGCGGUGGCAGGAUGCGCUACCGGAACAGCAGCUCCAACAACCCAAACCUAAUGUACCAGGAUGAGUGUGACCGCCGCAUGCGCUCAGGUGGAGGUGGCAGCAAAGACGGGCGCAGUGGCUUCAACCGCGGCAGCCGUGAUGGAGAUCGCUCCUCCUCCUCUUCUUCGUCCUCGUACAGGGACCGGAGCCGGGAUCACAGAAACAGCUACAGCUCGGGCUCAGACCAGUACCAGAGUUACAGCGGGGGCUACAACUCCCGCAACAACAGUCAGUCUGGAGGCGCUGGAGCCCAGGAUCAGCCUAACCAACCACAAGGUCAGUUCAGUCAGCCUCCUCCACCUGCAGGAGGUCCACAGCCUCUUAUGUCGCAGCAGUUUGUUCCCCCACAGCCCCCACUCAUGGGCUUCAUGGGGCAACCGCCAUUCCCUUUUGGGUCUCCUCCCCCACCUCCCACUGGCCCGCCACCUCCCCGAAAGUAGUGUGAUAAGUAAGAAGCACAGAAUAGCUGUUUGGAGUUAGUUUGGUUUUCACUUUAACUCCUGUCAUCGUGGGAUUGAUUUUUAACAUUUUACUUUUGGACGUAUUUUACUUCUCUUCAUUAAAUCUCAACAAUACAAGCUAAAAAGACCAUAACUGUCCAAACUACAGGCCGCACCUGUUCUUUGUGUGGUGUUUGUAUUUAAUGACUUUUUCAUCAUAGGAUUUGUUUUAUAUGAAAAAGCUUCAGAUCUCAGUGAGAGAAUGUCAGUCUGUGUGGUAUUCCAAAUUGCGCGCUCAGUUUGACACAUUUUAAAUGUGAAAUGAGAAAUUUUAAUGACGUUCAAAUGUCAGAUUUUUUCAGUGCCCUUCAAAGGGUGAUGAUUCUGUGCUGCAGCAUAAACUAUGAUCCACUCGACCCCGUCUGUGCUUUUCCUCUUCUACAAAGCUAAAUCCGAUAAUGAAUUAAAAAACUUAGAUCGUAGCUAACGCUUAUUUUAACACAUGUAAUCAUCUUAGCUGUUACUUUUUUUACUGGUAUGGAUUUGUUUCUGUUUUACUUAUUGUGCUCUUUUUACUCUUUUAUUAAUAAACAAACAGAUUUUAAAAA